CCGUCUCGUGGCUGAGCGUUAGCAGGCAGAGGCGAGGGGAGCACAGAAGCCCUAAGAGAAACGCAGGAAAACCACGAACCCGGGCUUAGGGCUGCUUAAAUGACACUUUCGCUGUGCUUGCACAUCGAGCACCUUUCACCUGGCGUCCGUUAAGGCAGAUGCGAUGAGCUCUCUAAAUAACUACAAGUAAAAAUUAGCCAGUGGGAUGCCUUGAAAGAGGAGGAACGCUCCUGCAGGAACAGAAAGAUUGUCUCACUUGGAAAAACUUAGCCGACUCUAAGGAACAGAUUUGCACAUGAAAGACGCUGGGUUAUGGGCAAGUCAGAAAGCCAGAUGGAUAUAACUGAAAUGAAUACUCCAAAACCAAAGAAGAAACUGCGAUGGAGUGGCCUGGAAAUAGGGCUCGGUGUUGUAGUGAUUCUGCUAGCUAUUGUGGCCAUCACAAUGAUAGUUCUGUAUGCAACGUACGACGAUGGGGUUUGCAAGACAUCAGACUGUAUAAAAUCAGCAGCCCGAAUCCUUGAGAACAUGGACACCACUGCAGAGCCUUGUCAUGAUUUUUACCAAUAUGCCUGUGGAGGAUGGCUUAAGAGGAACGUCAUUCCAGAAACCAGCUCCCGUUAUAGUAACUUUGACAUUUUAAGAGACGAACUAGAAGUUGUUUUAAAAGAUGUCCUCGACACACCAAGCAGUAAUGACAUAGCAGCAGUGCAGAAGGCAAAAACUCUGUACAGAUCGUGCAUAAAUGAAACUACCAUUGAUAGCAGAGGUGGAAGGCCUUUAAUCAGCUUAUUGCCAAAUGUAUCUGACUGGCCUGUAGCAACAACUAACUGGGAUUCUUCCUAUGGUACUGCUUGGACAGCUGAGACAGCUAUUGCACAGCUGAACUCCAGAUACGGAAAAAAGGUCCUCAUUAACUUUUUUGUUGGCACAGAUGAUAAAAAUUCCACAGCACAUAUCAUUCAUAUUGAUCAGCCUGGGCUUGGCCUGCCCUCUCGUGACUACUAUGAGUGCACCGGUGCAUACAAAGAGGCAUGUUCUGCCUAUGUUGAUUUCAUGAUUUCUGUAGCUAAACUAAUCCUCCAAGAAAGAAAUAUUUCUUUCAGUGAGAGCAGUAUUUCUGAACAAAUGAAAAGAGUUAUGGACCUGGAGAAAGAGAUUGCCAACGCAACAACAAAAUCUGAAGACAGAAACGAUCCACUUCUGCUGUACAAUAAAAUGACCUUGGCACAACUCCAAAACAACUUCUCACUGGAAAUCGAUCAUAAGGCAUUCAACUGGUCAAAAUUCAUAAAUGAUAUAAUGUCAACUGUACAGAUUAAUGUUGAGAACACCGAACAUGUCAUUGUUUAUGAUCCAGAAUACCUUAUCAGGCUGAAGUCUAUUCUUAAUAAAUACACUCCCAGAGAUCUUCAGAAUUACAUGACCUGGCGAUUUGUAAUGGAUCUUGUCAACAGCCUCAGCCGUAACUACAAGGACACAAGGAAUGCUUUUCGUAAGGCACUUUACGGCACAACGUCAGAAACUGCUGUUUGGCGUCGCUGCGCAAACUACGUCAACGGCAACAUGGAGAGCGCGGUGGGGCGGCUGUACGUGGAGGAGGCGUUUGCUGGAGACAGUAAACACGUGGUUGAGGAAAUGAUUGCAGAUAUACGUGAUGUUUUUAUAAAAACUUUAGAUGAACUUACCUGGAUGGAUGCAGAAACCAAAAAGAAAGCAGAACAAAAAGCAACAGCAAUUAGAGAGAGGAUUGGUUAUCCAGAUGAGAUCGUGACUGAUGACAAUAAGCUGAACAGCGAGUACCAGGAGUUGAACUACAAAGAAGAAGAAUACUUUGAAAACAUUAUUCAAAACUUAGUAUUUACCCAGAAGAAAAGGUUGAAAAAACUCAGAGAAAAGGUGGACAAAGAGGAGUGGAUAAGUGGAGCUGCUGUUGUCAACGCUUUUUAUUCAGCAAGCAGAAAUCAAAUAGUCUUCCCUGCUGGCAUUUUGCAGCCGCCGUUCUUCAGCGCGUCCCAGCCCAAAUCUCUGAAUUACGGCGGCAUAGGCAUGGUCAUCGGCCACGAAAUCACACACGGAUUUGAUGACAAUGGCAGAAAUUUUAAUGAGAAUGGAGACCUUGUAGACUGGUGGACUGAAGAAUCAGCACGCAAUUUUAAGGAGCUAUCCCAGUGUAUGGUGUACCAGUACGGAAACUUUUCGUGGGACCUAGCAGGUGGACAGCACCUGAGCGGAAUCAACACACUAGGAGAAAACAUUGCUGAUAAUGGGGGGGUGAGACAAGCAUAUAAGGCCUAUGAAAACUUUGUGAAAAAGCAUGGAAAAGAAAAACUUCUUCCGGGUCUUGAAAUGAGCCAUAAACAGCUGUUUUUUCUGAACUUCGCACAGGUAUGGUGCGGAACGUACAGACCAGAAUACGCUGUGAACUCCAUCAAAACUGACGUGCACAGCCCCGGCAAAUUCAGGGUCAUCGGAUCAUUGCAAAACUCCCCAGAGUUUUCCGAAGCCUUUUCAUGCGCUAAGACAAACUACAUGGAUCCUGCGAAAAAGUGCCGUGUUUGGUGACAGAACUGUAAACCUUGUGUCUCGAGAAGCUUUCCAGAAAAGGAGAAAUUCUGAACUAAUUUUGAGAAGGAGAGGAGGGAAGAAAACUGAGAGGAAUAUGCUAGAGUAGUCACUGUAAUUCUUAGUAAACAAGCAAAAACAAAACAAAACAAAACAAUCACUCAUCAGAA